CGCACGCAUUGUUCUGUGUCCAGCUGUGCCUUGUGCCUCUGUGGGCUGAGAUGACGACAAACCAGUGUGUGGGUGGAGAGAGAAAUGGGAAAAAAAGAGGGGGUCUCUGACUUCCAGAACAGUAGACUCUUCAUCACUUCACUUUAUCUCCUUGCGAGGUCAAUGUAUGGCGCCUGAGACCCUGGACCUUGCCCAGAAAACUACAAUUCCCAAGAUGCAGUGGUGCAGGUGGGCAGGCAACUGGAAAUCACACCUGCCAGGAAAGUCCUCUGGGCCGGAGCAGGACGACUCCUUCGACUUCCUCUUUAAGAUCAUCCUGGUGGGAGACUCGGACGUGGGGAAGACCUGCGUGGUCCAGAGCUUUAAGUCUGGUGUCUUCAUGGAGAAACAACAAAACACUAUUGGGGUGGACUUCACCGUACGCACCAUGGACAUUGAUGGCAGGAAGGUCAAGCUGCAGGUGUGGGACACGGCUGGACAGGAGCGUUUCCGCACAAUCACCCAGAGUUAUUACCGCAGUGCCCACGGCGCUAUAGUGGCCUAUGACAUCACACGGCGUCCAACUUUUGAAUCUGUGACACACUGGAUCCAGGAAGUGGAGCAGUACGGGGCUGCUAGCGUUGUUCUCAUCCUCAUUGGGAACAAGUCGGAUCUGCAGUCGGAGAGACAAGUGCUGUUUGAGGAUGCCUGUACUCUGGCUGAAGGGAAGGGUGCGCUGGCUGCCUUGGAAACCUCAGCCAAGGAGGCCCAGAAUGUGGAGGCAGCCUUCGUGCUAAUGGCCCGGGAGCUGAUGGUUAGGAACGGCCUGACCAUCACAGACGAACACUCACAGGCCUCCCCACACUUCCCAAACUCCCAUCCUAUCCAUGGCUCCGAUUCCACGGACAGGAAAUCAUGUUGUUGAGAGAAUUGAUGGACAUGGUGGACAAGAGGUUGUUGUGCUGAUGGUCCUGAUAACUGUAUAAUUAACCUAGAGAUAAACUAUAAUUGUCUGGAAUCAACGUUGCCACAAAGCCUGCUAGUUUUAGACUGCCACAUUUAAAGGUGCUGUCAAGAAGCGUGUUGGGAUAGAGGCUAGGGGUUGGGGAUGUGUGUGUCUACUAUAUUGUGCGUUGGUGGGGAUGGAAUAGAUACAAGUACUGUAGUGAUGAUUGAGACUAUCACUGCCACUGAAAAGUCCCACUCCAGCUGUAUUUUUUACUUUUCCCAUUGAAAAACAAUAUUUCAAGUAUAAAUACAGUACACACAUUUAGGGGUAAAAAUAAAUAAAUGUUUUGAGCAAAAUAGUAAAAAAAUAAAUAAUAAUUAACACAAUUGCGAAAUUCAAGAGUUUGCCAAAACAAGGAGUUGGUCUGAUGGUGCACUCUGAUGUCAUCGGAUUUUCCCUUUGCUUGCAGGAACAAUAGAGGAGCAAUGGACCACCUAUUUUGUUAAGUGAAUCAGGUGAUAAAUUAUGUUCUAGGGAGGCUGGAGUGGGUCUUUAACUGUAGUUUUAAACUUGGCUGCCAGUAGUCACAUGCACCUGUCCUUAUCGUACUUAACCUACUACUAUUGUCUAAAACAUAACCAGUAUUUAAUAACCAAACGUGGUAAAAGUAUCCUCUGGCCACCUGUGGUCUAUUGUAUGUGUCAGAAUGACUGGUUUCAAUGAACACUCCUAUUGUUUGAUCUUUUACCUUUAAAAAAAAAAUUGUCCUCCAGUUUGUCAAAUUG